AGUCUCGCAGUGACAAAGCCAAGCGUUUGUUCCGCCACUACACCGUGGGAUCCUACGACAGCUUCGACGCCCCCAGUGAUUACAUCAUCAAGGAGAAGACGGUGCUGCUGCAGAAGAAGGACAGCGAGGGCUUCGGCUUCGUGCUCAGGGGGGCCAAAGCGCAGACCCCCAUCGAGGAGUUCACGCCCACCCCGGCCUUCCCGGCCCUGCAGUACCUGGAGUCGGUGGAUGAAGGGGGCGUGGCCUGGAGGGCGGGGCUGCGCAUGGGCGACUUCCUGAUCGAGGUGAACGGUCAGAACGUGGUGAAGGUGGGGCACCGGCAGGUGGUGAACAUGAUCCGCCAGGGCGGGAACAGCCUCGUGCUCAAGGUGGUGAUGGUGACGCGGCACCCGGAGCCCCCCGAGGGACCCCGGCGCAGAGCCGCGCCCCCCCAGCCGCGCCGGCUCCCGGCCCCGCCCAUCUCGCUGCGCUCCAAAUCCAUGACGUCAGAGCUGGAGGAGAUGGGUGAGGGAAUUUGGGGAGGGGUGGAGAAGGUCUCCCCCUGGAAGAAGCGCAGUG